GGAGAAAGGCAUGGUGACAUUGGACCAGUUUUUGUUGAGUUCAUAUUGUUAUAGCGUGGAUUCUAGAGGUAUAUAAACCUGUGUCAUUCACCCAAGAUUGUGACAGUAGAAUAUGUUUGAGAACUCCACAGGCGGAUUGGCUUCCGCAUCCAAGGAAAUCGAAGGUGUCUUCACUUCAAUCAAAUCUAUUUCACUGCUUUCUCAAACAACAAACGACAAAGGUCCGUUCAACUUCUAUACUGUUGAAAUGGGUUGGAGCCUUGAUGCUCAAACUGCUGAAACUGGUGAUUAUUUCCUGCUGACCAUGCCGUAUGUCUUUGAAGUCAGAAUUACUGACGAAGAGACAUUGGUUGAUUAUUUUGAUAUUCUGUUCAAUGGUGGACAAACUUUGGCCUCCUGCGACGUUGACCAAGCCGCCGGAAAAUCAUUAGAAACAAUGAUUCAAUGUGAAAUUACUGCAAACUUGGAAGAUUUAGAUACCCUCACAGGAACGGUUAGCUUCGUUGUUGUCUUCGAUGGUGGCUGUCGUACAGCUACAAUUGAAGCUGGAAGUCAUUGGGUCAGUGGAACCAACACUGUUUACUUCAAUGGGAACCUCCAAGGUAAAGUUGACCUAGGUAAGAUUGAAACUGGAAGAAUGGAUUUGACAGAAACUGCUCAAAGUGUGGCAAGAGCUAUAUCAGGAGGUGAGUCCUUGAUGUACUAUUCUCCACAACUAUUUUGCUCUAAUGCAGGCGGUGUAUCUUCUGGAACGAUCACCCUGACGCUUACUGGUGCACCAUUUGUCGAUGGAACCUCAGAACUAUACUAUAGUGACGAGAUGAGUCCUUAUUUGUAUCCAGUGUAUGCUAGUGAGAUUCCAAGUACGCAGCUGACAUCCUCUAGUUCAAAAACAUUGGAGUACGCCUUUGGUGCCAUCUCCAACAAAGCUCGUUUGUGGUGGUCGACGUUCAUUGAUUCGUCAGUGUCCGCUGAGUUUAACAUAGAAGUUGAUGUCAAAGUUACAUGUUCUAAGAAGCGCCAGUAUAACUUUGAGACUGAGUCCGCCAGACUUAAAGAGACCUACACUUUAGUUCAUGGCACUGCGGGAGGUUCCGGUUCAGGAGGUCGUAAACAGGACAACUGUCACAGUUACUUCAACUUAUACUGA